CACACGAGCUUUGCAGUGGCACGUACGUAGCAGGCGCCAUUCGUGCCCACACGCGCUUACAGUAAGCGCAAAACAAAGAAACAAUGACCGCCUGAACCCUCGACGACAAUGCUACCGCGUCACGCCCUGCGCGUGGCUUCGACUGCAGCGAUGCGCACUGCAGCCAGGCGUGCCGCACGCGUUUCACGCGUGGCAACGACGCCGACGCCGCGGCAGGCCGCGGUGAUGAUGCCGCACCGCCGCAGCAGCAGUACAACAAACACACCGUCGUCCGCAAGGGUAGCAGCGCGCGUCGCGAGAAUAGCGGGCGAGUUAGGUUUACUACAGCUACGGAAAGCUAGAGGCGUCGACGUCGCGAUUCGCUCUGUCAAAUUCAGACGGGCCUUCGUGCGAUUAGGACCGGCCUUCGUGAAGAUCGGCCAGGCCCUGGCGACGCGACGAGACGUGUUACCGCCCGAGCUGUGCGACGAGUUGUCGAGGCUGCAAGACGACAUCGACCCUUCACUGAGUGGAGCGGAAGCAGUUCGAGUGAUCGAGCACGACCUGGAGAAACCCAUCGGCGAGUUGUUCGAGGGGCUAGAUGCAUCGUCGGUGCCGGUGGCGUCCGCGUCACUAGGCCAGGUGUAUCGGGCCCGGCUGUUGACGGGCGAAGAGGUUGCGGUGAAGGUGCAGAGGGACGACGUCCUCGAGACACUGGCGAUCGAUGCGGUGGCCGUGCGAUCGUUCGUAGCCAUGAUUUCACAGUUAUUCAAUACUGAAACCGACUUCGCCGCCAUAGCAGAUGAGAUCGUGGGACGUAUAGGGGAUGAGCUGGACUACGCGCGGGAGGCUCGGGACUGCGAGGCCUUUGCGCGCUUGUACAAGAAUGAGGACGUCUGCGUGCCUCGCGUGUUCCAGGAGUUCUGCGGUCCUAGAGUGCUGACACUCUCCUAUUUGCCAGGAACGAAGCUCGACGAGUGGGGCCGCUCCGGACCCUCGCCAGCCCAAAAGAAGCGCAUCAUCGAGGAGGGCGUCAAGUGCACCGCGCGGCAGUUCUUCGAGGUCGGCUUCUUCCACGCCGAUCCUCAUCCAGGAAACUUACUGGUAGAUAGUGAGAAUCGCUUGGCCUACCUCGACUUCGGCAAGAUGGACCGGCUUGAGGAUGAUGAUCGCUUCGCGCUGAUGUCUGUUGUUGUUCAUUUCGCGAACCGGGACGCGGGUGGGUUGGCGCGGGACUUUCGCGGGUUGGGCUUUGUGGAUGACACGGACCAUGCGGAAAGAUCGCUGAAAACAGCCUUAGAAACAGCUCUGAGCGAACCUAGAACCAUGUUCGGUGGUAAAGCGAUGUCCUUCUCGGGCGUGAUUGCGUUCUUGCGGGCGGCGCUGCCCGCCGACUCUUCGGAGAAUGUCAGGUUCGCGCUGCCGCCGCGCUUCGCGUCGGUCGUGCGGGCUCUAGGUGCGUUGGAAGGAGCCGUGCUGGCCGUGGAUCCGGAGUUUGAGGUCGUCACGGCGGCGUAUCCUCAUGUCGCUCGAGCUUUGUUGGCUGAUCGUGAUGCUCGAGCGCGGCAGGCUUUGCGCAGAUUAGUGCUAGAUAGGCAUGGCCGGGUGCGCUGGCGGCGAUUGGAGGCCCUGGGCAAGUCCGCUUUCAGUGCUUCUGACGUGGGGUCCAUGGAUUCCAUCAUAGUCGCUCUCGGUGGCCGGGACGCCGUCGCCGGUGUUCUGACGGACGCGUGCGACUAUGUUUGUAGCGACGCCGGGGCUCGUACUCGCGCAGCAUUGGUGGACGACGCCGAGGCGUGGUUCACUUCGUCCUCUGAGUCCCCAAACAAUAAUGCGUGGCGCGUUCUCAUGGACGCGCCGGAGCUCGUCGCGCCCGUCGCGGCGCGCGCGGCGGCGUCGCACGAGGCGCGGCGCUCGCUGGGCUUGCUGGCGGGGCGGCUGCGGGCGCGGCACGGCUGGCGCGCGCCGGCUUCUUUGUUGGAGGCGGCUUCGCGCGCGCUGGGGGAGGCGAUGGAUGGCGACGAGGAGUAG